AUGACCUGGCCCGCAUUCCUCGACUUGUCCGGAUCGGAUUUGGAAAUACGCGUGCCGGCGGUCCCCAUGAAGGUGUUGGGCCCUAUCGGAGCGGCAGGCGAUUCACGAUGCGCCACCCUUAUACAGCUUCGAGUCGCCCCAUGUGUCAAUACUGAUAGUGAAGCCGUUCCUAUCUUCAUUGGCGGAGCCCCUGAUCUGGAUGUGCUGCCCGCGGUCAAUGUUGAGCGCGGUAAGCCAUACGAUGGCAUUGGGGACGUGCUCCAACGGCGGCGAGAAGUCAAUGGGCUUCAAGGUUAUCGGGUCCAGCUGGGGGGAAGGGACGAACAAUUAAAUUCCUUCUUGAGCCUACCGCACUGGAAGUCGGGGUGUUUCUUCUGUACUGCAAGCCAGGUCGCACCGCCGGAGUAG